UAUCAGACUAGUGACUGUCGAAUCGUGGAGACUCAAAGAAGAAAAUGAAAUCCCAGUACACCCGAAAAGCCAAACCAGAGCCAGCAAAAACACCUACAGCACUAGAGCCCAAGACUAAUACUAAACUGGCGGGUCCAAAAUCGAGAUCCACGACGGUGGUGGUGAAGCGCCGGAAUCGCCGAAAUUCCAUUGAUGGAGCAGCAGGAGGCUCCACUAGCGGCAAUUCCGAGGGGGGUAAUUCCAGAGCAGCUUUCUCCGGAAGUGGUUAUUCGGCAGGAAAUAAUUCCGAAGGAGGUACAUCGACUGGACGCAAGUCCAUUGGUAGUAAAUCCAGAGGAACUUAUUUCCGAGCAAGUUAUACCGGUGCUGGUAGUUCCGGAUCUGAGAAUAGGUCGCCGCCCCAGCUUGUUCCGGUGCGGCGUAAGCCCCUCAGUGAUUACAUGAUGCUGGAGGAACAGCCAUCUACCUCCAGUCGUCCAACCACAUCCUCUUCCUAUUUAUCGGACCAGGAUCGUCCGAUGAGUUAUGCCGCUGCGGUGGAAUCACUCCCCAUAUCUAGGCUCAAGGUCAAGGUGGUGCUAUCCCCACGUCUCAAGCGGUCCGGCAAUCAGCCGCCGAUCAAGCGGCCGAACCGUAAAAAUUCACCCAACGCCAAGGUCAAAUCGAUCCCACCGACGCAGUCUAAGACACACAAUAUCCAGCUAAAUCCGAAGCGCAAUAUGGCCCAGGUCCCGCCCCAAUCCCGCGAUGCCACCGUGAGUAACAAGUCGAAUAACUUAGCGCCACCUGGCGGAAACAAAAAGAAACCCAAGUCGAAGAAAUCCCAAAAGCUAAAGCAAAAUCAACCACGAUCAGAAGCUACUUCUCCGGAGCAGCCAGCCUCACCAAAGUCUUUAUCACCUUGUGAUAAUCAAAGUUCUCCGCCGAAGUUCUCCGAUUCCAACGCCUAUCUGGACCAUCACCAUGAGAAAAUGCAGCGCUUUCUGGCUGAGCAAACGGCUGGUCAAAAGCCGUAUCCCAACCGUGGCCAAGUGAAGACCUGCAAACAAAAUGUCCAGCUGCCAACCAAUCGAUCCCUCUUCGACUUCGAUGAGCGACUAUUCAGACGCGGGGAUCUCGAGUCGGCCGCAUUUUUGGCCCAGAACCAGGCCAUGAUACGCAUGUGGCUGAACCCUAAUAUGCUGAUCUCCUAGGCAGCUCAAUCAAUUAACAAUCAAAAAUUGAUCAUUUAGUUUUAUAUGUGUUUGAACUUGUUAUGUUGCAUCAAAAUUCUAAUUCAAAUCUUAUGAGCAAUCUCUGUGGCACGUAGACUUACGACCUAAACUAUGGAAGCCCCUGGAGAUUGAACUGUAUUUUGAAUAUACAUUGGCAAAUAAAAAAGUUAUUUGAUUUC